UGCUCGCUACAGACACACACUCACACACAGUGUGCCUAAGCAAAAACUGGACAGAGCCAAAUAUCACAGACCUCCUCAUAACAGGAGCUACUGUUAGCUAUCGGGGGAUAAAAGCUCCCUCUGGGAUUGGCACAAAUACUGACCGAUUUAGAAAGCCCGUAACUCGCGUUGCAGUCUGACCAUGCGCCGGUGACACAGCCCGCAGUUUCUUAAAACAAAUAAAUAAAGGAGGAAUCAAUGUCACUGAAGAGAGACUGGAAAACGAAUGAGCUGAAUGAAGUCGUUAAAUAUGACACCAAUCGACUAAAAUGGACAGCUUGAAUUUGUGUUUUUAAACAACGUCAGCGGGUGACAGUCUUGCAGUUUGAAAUCUCUGCACUUCUUCACUUGCCUCUCUAAACUUUGUUCCUCUCCCUCUUCGUGGACUCUACUUUGAGUUUGAGGAGAAAAGAGAAAGAAGCGCUGUUUGCUUUGGACCGGCUUGUGCGGUGUGCCAGAUACAUGGAUUUGUGAACUGAAGUUGAACUGAGCUUUUCAUGAAAAUGUCCUUUAACGGCGUAUCUCAGCAUUUCGUUCGCCUGCGUCCUUCCCCCAGCGAACACCUCCCGGUGCCCGAUCUCAAGGAGGAUCCCGACCCGGAGUAUGAUCCCCACGAACAGGACCUCAACGAGAGGACUCUGAGGAAAAAACUCGGCAGCAACUUUGAUCCUAAUUUCAUGUCAAUCAGCUCUCCCGCGCUAGUGAACCUGUCAAUCCAAGACACACACUCGCGGCUCCCGGGACCGAUGCCCAACGAAAUUAAGAAACUGGACCUUUCCGAAACACCUUACGGGAGGCGGGUAAAAGUUGGCAAAAAGGCGCGUAGGAAAUUUUUGCAGUGGUUGUGGACGUACACACACUGUCCGGUGGUGUACACCUGGAAGGACCUCGGAGUGAGGUUCUGGCCACGCUAUAUCAAGGAAGGCAACUGCUUCAAUGAGCGCUCUUGUUCGUUCCCAGAAGGGAUGUUUUGCAAACCCGUCAAGUCAAUCACCAAGACUUUCCUUAGGUGGUACUGCCAAGGAUUUUUAAGACAGAAAUAUUGCACGUGGAUACCGGUCCAGUACCCAAUCAUUUCGGAAUGCAAGUGUUCUUGCUGAGUUUCUGUGGAAAGGGGAUGGGGAAUGGACUGGAAUAUUCUAUUGCACUGUAAACUCUCAGAACAGAGAUGGGCUAUCGUGUUAUACUGAAUUGCACCAUAGCGAAUCUAUUUUUAUAUAUAGUAUUUUAAUGAAAAUACCAACAUUGUACAUA